AUGAAGACCAUGCUCGGUCUCGUUGAAUCGGACACGAAUAAAUUGCUCACCAUUGCAAAGGCCCAUACACUGAGUCAGCAACAAAGUGCUUCCAACGCAGAUCGCGCCAUCGAAUUUUUGACAGCGCUGACCGACAAAAAUCUGGGCCUCUUCAAAAAACAUCUUGUGAAGACGGUUAAAAAGCGUAAACAGCCCGAGGAGUUGGACGCCGACACAUUGGUGGCCAAGUUUUUAGUGACUUCGUUUGGCGACGAGACGCUGGCAAAGGCGUUCGUAAAGCUAGGCGAUGCGGAUGGGCUUCUGGCAGCGUCAAAAGUACGAAGCAUGGUGUUCAGAAAAUGGGCUGCAGAAGGCAAGAAACUGAAAGACAUCAUCCCGUUGUUAAAGGUUACUGACGAUGUCGAAAUCUUUGAACCCCAAGUCACGAACUUCCUGCUCAAGUUCGGCAAGGAAACCGAGGGCCCAGAUUUCCUCAUCUCGGACGUAAACGAAGCUAUGCUCAGGCAUUGGGGUGGCAAUUACGCCAGGUAUAUCUCUGGUAUUCUGCGAUGGGAGGCGAAGCAAGGCGGUGCGGCUAAAUUCACUGCUGGAAGUCGAUACCACUGGGCGUUAUCAGACUUAACGCAAUAUCCAACUUCACCAGAUUCGCUAGUUAAUAAUUUGAAGAUUAUUCAAGGGCAACAUUCCUAUCUCAGGGAUGGCGAAUAUUUACAUCUCACGGACGACCAGCUGAAGAAAGUCGGAGAGGAUUAUGCUCAUGUUCUAAAACUUGUCAGCGGCGAUCCGGUUUGA